AAGUUCUUCCCUGUCGGAUCACGUACAAAAAUGGCGGUAGUGCCGGUGGCCGGCUUGCUGCCUUGCGUGGCGCCGGGCGCGGUGCCGCGGGAGCCGAACCCCGAGCAGGACGAUGGGUUCCGACGCUUGUCGGCGAGGCUCUGUGCCCUGCGCCCUGAGGAUAGCAGCUCUGCCCGCACCGAGAUCCACCUGCUCUUCGACCAGCUCAUUUCCGAGAACUACAGCGACGGCAGCGGCGUGGCCGCAGAGGAUGUCAGUGCUCUUCUUGUCCAAGCUUGUCGACUGGUGCCUCUUAAUCAGAAUCAUCUUGUCAGCAAAGUGUCUCAGCUCAUCCACCAUUUACUCAACAGAUUGCAGGUGAUUGUUGAUGAACAGCACCUGGAUUUCCUGUUGGCAUAUACUAUUUCGGCUAUUCAGCAGUGCAGUUCCUGGACGCAUAUGGAAAUUCUUCAAGCCCUGGCAGCUCUGGUUUACUGUAAUGGCUCAAAAUGUCAAAAGUACCUUCCAGACUUGCUAGGCAAGACCGGACUCUUAAUGAAGUUGAGUGACUUGGCUCAGUCUGACCCUGAAGUCAGGAGAGCUGCGGUGCACUGUCUGGCCAACUUAUGUCUCAGUGUACCAGGCCAGCCGUACUUAGAGGAACCCUACCAAAAUAUCUGCUUCCAGGCUUUCUUGACCACUCUGCAAUCUCCAAAAUCAUCAGAUAUGGAUGAUAUCACAUUCUGCAUGUUGUUACAGAAUGCCUUAAGAGGUAUACAAUCACUUCUGAAUGGUGGGAAAAUGAAGCUGAAACAAACUGAAGAACUUGGAGCUCUUCUGGCCGUGCUGAAGAAAUCCAUGUUCCAUGGACUCCCUGGACUAAAUAUAGAGAUGCCCUCGGUGUUAUACCCAACUCCGCUUCCUCAGUAUGAUGGGCGACCACCUGUCAAACCACAGCAGUCAGAAUCCAGUGCUUCUCGACCAACUGUGAAUAAAAAGAAAAAAUCCAAAGUAAAACCAAAGAAAACCCAGCAAGGAGAGGAUGAAGAAGAAUCCGGUGGUGAGAUGGAAGCAGCCCCAGUCAUCAGCACGUGCAGAGGGAACCUACGCGAAGGGAGCACUCGGCACACCUCCUCCGUGGGUGUCCAGGGCUUGCCCUUAGAUGGAAGUGGAGCCACAGGAAAAGAUCGCGUUUCCUCAGCCUUCAGUUCUUCCAGUUGGAAGAGGGUCAGCAGUAGUGAGUCAGACUAUUCUGAUGCUGAAGGAGGCAUGCAGAGUAAAAUGAGGUCUUAUCAAGCCAAAGUUCGCCAAGGAGCAUUAGCUUGUUUUCUUUCUACUAUAAAAUCAAUAGAAAAAAAAGUUCUUUAUGGCUACUGGUCAGCCUUUGUUCCUGAUACACCUGAACUUGGAAGCCCACAGUCUGUGUCCUUGAUGACUCUUACAUUGAAAGAUCCUUCCCCAAAGACCCGUGCCUGUGCUCUGCAAGUUUUAUCUGCUAUAUUGGACGGCUCAAAGCAGUUUCUUUCUGUGGCUGAAGACACCAGUGACCACAGAAGGGCUUUUACUCCCUUCUCGGUGAUGAUUGCGUCCAGCAUUAGAGAGCUACACAGGUGUCUGUUGUUAGCCUUGGCGGCCGAAUCCUCCUCACAGACCCUUACUCAGAUAAUUAAGUGCCUUGCAAAUUUAGUAUCGAAUGCACCUUAUAACCGUCUGAAACUCAGCCUGCUGACCAAAGUCUGGACCCAGAUAAAGCCUUAUAUCCGCCACAAAGAUGUUAAUGUUCGUGUGUCAAGUCUUACACUCUUAGGAGCCAUAGUGUCCACUCAUGCACCUCUGCCUGAAGUCCAGCUGCUUCUACAACAGCCCUGUUCUUCUGGACUCAGUCAUAGCAGUUCCGCCACCCCUCACCUCAGCCCUUCUGAUUGGUGGAAGAAAGCCCCUGCAGGACCCUCUCUGGAAGAAGCAUCAGUUAGCUCCCCUCAGGGGUCCUCAGAGCCUUGCUGGCUCAUUCGGCUCUGCAUUUCUACUAUUGUACUGCCCAAAGAGGAUUCCUGUUCAGGGAGCGACGCUGGCUCUGCAGCAGGAAGUACCUAUGAACCAUCCCCCAUGCGACUGGAGGCCUUACAGGUGUUGGCUCAUCUGGCAAGGGGCUACUUUUCCAUGGCUCAGGUUUACUUGAUGGAGCUUGGAGAGGUGAUUUGCAAGUGCAUGGGGGAAGCAGAUCCAUCCAUUCAGCUUCAUGGAGCAAAGCUUUUGGAAGAGCUGGGUACGGGCUUAACACAGCAGUAUAAGCCAGACUCUACCAUUGCACCUGACCAGAGGGUACCCGUCUUCUUGGUGGUGAUGUUCUGGACUAUGAUGCUGAAUGGCCCUCUGCCCAGAGCCCUCCAGAAUUCAGAGCACCCGACUCUGCAGGCGAGUGCCUGUGACGCCCUGUCCUCCAUUCUCCCAGAGGCCUUCAGCAGUCUGCCGAACGACAGGCAGAUCCUGUGCAUCACAAUGCUGCUAGGGCUGAAUGACAGCAAGAAUCGCUUAGUGAAAGCUGCAACCUCGCGGGCCCUUGGUGUCUACGUGCUUUUUCCCUGUCUCAGACAGGAUGUCAUAUUUGUUGCAGACACAGCAAAUGCAAUAUUGAUGUCACUUCAGGACAAGUCUCUGAAUGUCCGAGCCAAAGCAGCAUGGUCACUGGGCAACCUGACAGACACUCUGAUAGUCAACAUGGAAACAUCAGACCCAAGUUUCCAGGAAGAGUUCUCGGGUCUCCUGCUCUUGAAAAUGUUGCGAUCAGCUAUAGAAGCAUCCAAGGAUAAAGACAAGGUAAAAAGCAAUGCAGUCCGGGCCCUUGGAAAUUUGCUUCAUUUUCUGCAACCCUCACAUAUAGAAAAACCCAGAUUUGCUGAAAUCAUUGAGGAGUCUAUCCAGGCUUUAAUUUCCACCGUUCUGAUUGAGGCUGCCAUGAAAGUCCGGUGGAAUGCUUGCUAUGCAAUGGGAAAUGUAUUUAAAAAUCCUGCCCUUCCAUUAGGGAUAGCCCCAUGGACCUCCCAGGCCUACAAUGCCCUGACGUCAGUCGUGACAUCUUGCAAGAACUUCAAGGUGCGCAUCCGAUCUGCCACUGCCCUCUCAAUCCCCAACAAGAGGGAGCAGUAUGGGUCUGUUGACCAGUACGCUCAGAUCUGGGACGCAUUGGUCACCGCUUUACAGAAGAGUGAAGACACGACAGACUUUUUGGAAUUUAAGUACUGUGCCAGCCUUCGGACCCAAAUCUGCCAGGCUCUGAUUCACCUCCUGAGCUUGGCCAGUGCCUCAGACCUGCCCUGUAUCAACAGAACCCUUACACUGAAUGGAGAUAUGAUCCAGUCCUAUAUCCUACAGUUUCUAAAAUCUGGAGCAGAAGAGGAUGACACCGGAGCACCCCGUAGCCCACAGGAGCGAGACCAGAUGGUCACAAUGGCUCUGAAGCAUUUAAACAGUGUCCAGGCACUGGCUGGAGACACAGCCAAAAGGGCCGUUGUGGGCUUUUUAGAAGAUACCCUCGCCAUUUAUUUUGACUCAUCUGGAUAAUAGUGGCACUCCUGCAUUAACAGAUUGGUUAAUAUUGUACAGGACUUCCCAGGUGUCAACUAUGGUAAUAGUGAGACCUGGCUUGAGCAUAAGGUGUGUGGGAUUUAGUCCCAGGAGCAGAAACAGUCCACACACUGUCACACUGUCUAUUUAGAAGGAGCUAGCAGCUAUUUAUGUUUUUCUCAAAUAGCUCGGACACCUUGGAGAGUGGUGCCACUGCACUGGCCAUGGUCCAGGUCGUGGGACCCUCUGAUCUGUGCAGCCAGGAGCCAGGGAGUUGGAGUUGUAUGUGGCCUGAGAUUGGGGUUUGUGAAGGAUGUUUAGUCUCAGGUGGGGGAGACCAAACAAGUAGGAGGGCUUAGGAAUUAGGAUGUCAUCUGGGGUUUUAUUUUUCUUUUAUAAUAAACUAAUGAAAAUAGUG